UAUAUAUAUAGGUCCUAAUCUACGAAAUCCGGAAGCGACAAGUAAGAUCUAAAAAGAGCCAAAAAUACUGAGCAAUUCAUCUAUCAGACUAGAUUCGGAAAGAACUACAAUAAUCUAUGGAAAAUAUUAGUGGAACUCCCAUUGUAUCAUGCGUUGGAACCCUAGGUUUUAAUGGCAAUGAGCAUCUUCAAAAGGAGGUGAUCAUCGAAAAUAAGGGCUUUCAUUUUAACCAUUCAAUCAUGGCAGGUCUGUUACAUUUCCUUGGAGGCAAACACAACAUUGAACAAAAGAAACACCUGUCCGCUGAAACAUUUAUGAAAUUUCUGAUCAUGUUAGAGGGAAAACAUGAUCUAACUUCGCUAGAGAACAUGCUGGAACUCUGGGACGCUGUUUACGUCUUGCAGAUUCCCUUACUCGUUCAACACCAUGAACGGGUGCUAGGAUGUUUAAUUAACGACCAUACGCUUGAGGCCAUCUACACAAGGGCUUGUCUCUAUGGCUCUAGCUUCAUUCUCACAGAAGCCUUAAACUACACGCUGGAAUGUUUUGAAAGUGUCUACACUGAAGGCUUGACCAGGAUUUUAACGUAUGAAGAUUUAAUGUUUCUAGUGGAGCACGAUGAGUUAUGCGUUGAGAAAGAAGACACAGUCUUGCUUGCAAUUUUCCAAUGGGCAGCAAAUAGAGACAUGCAAAACGAGAGAUGCUUCGUGGAAGAUAUGGAUGUGUCCUUCAGCGAAACAGGAAAAACAAGAUUAGAAGUUUCAUGUGAGGAAGAAAAACAAUUUAAACAUAGUGAGUCCAAGCUCUCUAAGCUUUUAAGAGCCUCUAGAUUUGGUUUGGCCAGCCUUAAAUGCCUUGAAGAGCUUAGUAAUCACCAUUUGUGUGAAAUUAAUCCAGAAGCGAAACGCGUUAUUUCCGAAGGCAUUGACUUUCAGAUAGCAAGAAAAUCGCAUGGAUACUGGCCUUCUUACGUCAUCCAUAGAAGUGAAAACAGUGUAAGGUAUCUUGGGGCAUUGGCAAACGGGGAUAAAGUCAGUGUUCUUAUUCUCUCAAAAAAUAUAUGGAAAAAGCUUCCAAGAUGUCCGCUCCUGUCAAGAAUCAAUAAUUUGACAGUUUUUAAUGACCAGCUGUACGCUGUGUGCAGCUCUGGCAGCGAAAGUCUAAUCUUCUGUUAUAAAAAUUCUGAAUGGAAAUUUAUCGCUGAUAUACCAGGGACGAACUUUAUCGUCGUGUCUUAUGGGGAGUUUAUCUAUUUUAUAGACAUCGACAACGAAAGCAUAAAGUGCUUGAAGCCGGAAGAUUUUCCCGUUUUUCAUGGAGAGAUCAAAAUGCCGAGCACCGUGCACAACCCAGAAAGUGCUGUGGACUUUGAAGAAAGUAUUUUGGUUUUCUGUUCGACGGACACCGACGAAAUGUCAGAAGUAUAUUCUUUACAAGUGCCAGAUAUUGAAUGGACUAGGUCUGGAACUCUUCAAGGUUCAGCCAAAUAUUUAGUCAGUUUCCGAAACAAGAAUGGCCAAUAUGUCCUACAAAGAGAUGGUUCCUUGAGCCAGGUUUUGAGGUCUCAAGAUAAAGGCACUGCUUUCACUUUAUUGGAGCGUCUGUGGUCGUUUGACAUCAUCCUACGUGGAGCUUUUAUCUUCCGAGAUGUAUUGUAUAUUGCUGGCAAUAGUCCAUCUAAGACUCUAAGUGUCUGUGGAAUUCCAGGCGUGUGCUGGAAUGUGGAGUUCUGGCAUCAGGUGAACCACUGCUCUAGCUUUGUGCAUUUCUUUUUGCCAAGAUCAAGAAAGAAUGUGGUGCAAGUGAAUAACGAAAAUGAAGAUGAACAAUGAGCUUUCAUUCGUUUUUGUUUGUGUGUGUGGUUUUUUUUUUUCUUUCUAGUAGAUUCAGUUGGAGUAAUCUGUUACAGGUACUAUCGUUUAUACACUGAUGCAAAACUAACAAGCUCUGGGUGGAUCAACCCAUAACAAUUUCUUUCUCCAAAAUACAAAUUUUACUGCUGAGAUUUGACCUAAUACUAACGAGCGAAUUAAAAAUAAAACGCGACAAACAGAGUUUAUGAAUCUUUGUUUAAAAAUGUUGCUGUACUAUGAGCUUGAAAGAUUUUUUUCCAGUCUGAUGAUUAAGUAAGCCUGCAGUAUUUCAAGUGUCUAUGCAGACCUACCUGGUAUUGACGUAUUCUGUAACUCAAAGCCUUUGACUCCUUUGGGUGCUUAUAAUUCGUUUUGUCAUCUGAGACUGACUUGUGCGUGUUUAAGCCGAUUCACUUCAAGAACGCCUUCACUAAAAGAAGGUGCGUAGCUCUCUUGAUCUUCGUCUGGGCCUUUUCCCUGGCGUGUUUAGCGGCCUUUGUAAAAGCUCUCUAACUGUCUGAAACCAUUCUCAGCUAUUGUUGCCCCUUUUUGUUAAAAAAAUCUUCUUAAUCGUCAUCUUAAGUUACAAAAUAUCAUCAAUUAUAAGCACUUUGGAGUUGUUCAAUGGCUCGCGGUGGCUGACUGGUUAGAUGCUUAACCUCCGAACCUGGGAUUCUGGGUUCAAAUCUCGGUGAAGACUGGGCUUUUGGAUUUCGUUUUUUUUUUAUGGCGCCCCUGAUUCCACCCAACUCUAAAUGUUACCAGACUUAAGUUGGGACAGUAGAGGCUGUUGGUCGUUGUGCUGGCCACAUGGUACCCUGGUCGUAAACCGUUGGCCAAAGAAACAAAUGACCUUAACAUCAUCUGCCCUAUAGAUUACAAUGUCUAAAAAGGAAACAUUUUUUGGGACAUGUUCAUUGACUAGCUUAUGGAAUGCAGCUUUAAAAACAAUAUAAUUGAUUAGUUUAAAAGGAAUCUUUAUCUUAAGAAAUUUGUUCAAACUGAUGUAGUAUCACAAUUGUAUUACUUAUAAGAAGAUAUCUAUCUUUAUUUGACUUCUUUGUUCGUUUAGAAAUUCAGAGACCUUUCCAACAUGUUGAGAUAGAUUCAUUUUUGGAUAGAGCUAAAACACCAUUGUGAUUAUAUUAAAUUCAUUUGUCUCUAUUGUUUCAAUUAAAAUGUUUGUUUGACAUGUGUCAGUACAAGAGAGCUGCUGUGUACAAAGUGUGUACUUAUAUACUGAUGGCAAUAAUUUGAGUAGCAAGUAGAAGUGUAUGUUUGUGUAGUCUGCUAACAUCUCGCUUAUUGAAAUUUUGCAAAGUAUUUGGUUUGGCCAAAGUUGAAUAGCGAACUUAACGUAGGUCCAUCCAAAUGUCUUCAUUGUGAAUAAAACUUCAGUUCCUAACAAUUGUCUUGGAUUUUUUUUCACUGUUGAAUACUCUGUUGUUGUUGUUGUCUGUUGUUGUUGUUGUUGCUGAUGUUGUUGUUGUUGUUUUUUGUUGUUGUUGUCGUUGUUUUUUGUUGUUGUCGUUGCUGUUGUCGUUGUUGUUGUUGUUUUUUGUUGUUGUCGUUGCUGUUGUCGUUGUUGUUGUUGUUUUUUGUUGUUGUCGUUGUUGCUGUUGACGUUGUUGUUUUUUGUUGUUGCUGUUGUCGUUGUUGCUGUUGUCGUUGUUGUUGUUGUUGUUUUUGUUGUUUUCGUUGUUGUUUUGGUUU